CCCAAUUCAUUUCACCCGCCUAUUAUUUUACCUUACCCACCAUGUCAAACAGGAAAGAGAGACGCGCCAAGGGUACCGCAUUCAAUGCAAAAGCCACUGGAGGCGGACUGCAGCCUUCGACCGAGAUUGACCAAGAUGGAGUCGAGAUGAUUCUUCGGCAUCCGGACUUCUCCAAACCCAAGGGCAAGACUCUUUUCGACCUGGCCGAAGAGAGACAGCGCGAGCUAGAUGAAUUAAAUCCUGCCAGGAAGGCCGCUAGGGCAGCCGCUAUGGCAUCAAGACCCGUCGGCGACGAUCAAGGGCCCCCCAUCGGACCCUUCGGCGACUCGGUUCUCUACUCCGUCUCCAUGGCAGCACUGCACCUCACCCUCGACGUCCUCGUAUACAACCAGUACAGGGAGGACAUCAUAUGGACUGAGAUUGUCUCGAGAGCGGCUACGGCCUGGCCAAUAUUCGCCGUCCUGGUCUACCUUACCCAUGUCGACAUUUCCUACCGCUUUCCCAAGGUUCGAGAUGUGGUCUUCUUCGCUGGCUCCAUUGCUGCAGGCUGCUACUUGGUGUACUCAGGGAACCAACACGGAUACUUUUACGUCAUGAAGUCGGCUCCUCCAGUGGGCACUCUCUGGAUUUGGAGCGUGGUGGAGAUGAGCUUGCCUUUUGCGGCUACGAGUGCGCUCGCUGUCUUCGGAUACAUUUAUUGGAACGGGUUUCAAUUGUUCUGAGUGGUGGUUGAGAUGAACACGAGAUGGCACAAUAGAAGCAGGGGCAAGAUUUGGUACAACGUGCUCUGGAUAAUGAACAGGAGACGGGCGUCCUGCUCUUAAGCAGUAAGGUUCCCUCACGUAAGGGCCUACGCGCGUCCCAGUUGAGC